AUGAUAAUUGAAAGAUUCAAAUUGACCUGUGAUAGACUUGUAUCGUACCAGCAGCUGGCUUGUUGUUCGACUUACACUGGAAUCCCAGUGCGUGGCCAAGACAUUCUCAUUUACGCUAAUGUGGACGUCUGGCAGGAGGCCUUGCUGCUGACGGGCCAUCAUGGUGACAUCACCUCCAUGACUUUUGGAAAUAACUCACCUAUCCUUCUCUGCUCUGCAUCUGAUGAUUAUGUUAUCAUAUGGAAUGUGGAAGUUUGCCAGAAAACAGUGAGCCAAGGAAACAUUGCAGCUGGAACAAUCAUUGGAACCUUGCUCGGUCAAGUGGUCCAUCUUUCCUUCUGUUUAUCUGAUGACAAAGUGGCUGCAUGUGCUGGAGCAACUACAUAUAUUCUCAGCACAAAGAAAAAGCAAACUAUCUCAACACUGACUGGCCAUUUGGGGCCUGUGACAUCAGCAGAGUUUUGUCCGUGGAAUGAAGACAUUCUUGUCACAACAUCAGAGGACCGCACAUUCAAGGUAUGGGAUCUAAACACUGAAACACUUUUCUACCAAUCUUUUGUACUGUCAGCUUCUCCUCUGCUCAGUGCCCUCUUCAUAGAGGAAAAUGAGCAGAUAAUCAUGGGAUCCUCUGAUGGACAGGUUUGGUGCUUUUCUCUCCACAUUGGCUUUUCUUGUCAGCUUGUGACUAAAAUAGACCUUCAUAAGAGUGAACAAAGACUUCAAGGAGGAGCAGCAGAAAAGUCACCUGAAGUGGAUAUUUCAAAACCUGUUCUAAAAAUGGCUUCCUUUGCCUCAUUUAAUGGUGACACUGAUGGAGAAAAAAGGGACAUGUGUUGGUUAUAUGUUGGAUGCACUGAUGGCCUUUAUGUGGUCAAUCUGGAUACAUCAGAGCUGGUUGCAGUUCUACAUUUCACAGACAACCCAGAUUUGAGUAUCGCAAUGGCUGGCUCUUGGGUCUUCUGUGGAAAGGGUAUGAAGUCUAUGCUGUUUUUAGUGAGUUCUUUGUUUACGCCAUGUGUGGGCCUUCUGGAGUUCUGUUUGGAUGAUGCAGAGAGAAUCCAGGCUGGAAGUCAAGGCUUUUCAAUAUUUCCAAGUUCCUCCCCACUGCUAGAGUCUCCUCUGAAUGCUGAGCUGAAAAAGGAAGUCAAUCAUUUAAAGAAAAAAGGUGGGAUAAAGGAACAGCCCCUAGUCUUCAACUCAAAGGUGAAAUCAUCUGGAUAUACAAGCUCCCCAAGAAAACUUCUAUUUUCACCCAUAAUAUCAGCCGAGAAAGGUCAGUCCUCUAGGAAAACCAAAAAGAAGGGCUUACUCCUUAAAGAUUACCCAGAGGACAUUGCACCACCUACUGUUCUUCGUGCCCAUCUAAGUAUUACAAACAAGCCGGUCUAUUGCAUUCAGUAUUCAGGUGAUGGAAAGCAAAUCCUGUGUGGUCUUGGUGACAACUCAGUGUUGUUGUACAAGUCUUCCCUUACAGGCAAUCCAGCUGUCUAUACAGGACAUGACAAGCCAGUGAACAGUGUGAGCUGGAGCCUCAACAGACAGUCCUGGUUAAGUGCCUCACAUGAUCAGACAUUACGACUUUGGUCUCAAGACAUCCCAGAGCCUGUUGUUAUCAUGGGUAAAAAUAUGUUCUCUAAACAUAUCAAAGCUGCCCAGUUUUAUUACCUGGACAAGUUUUUGCUUGUAGCAUCUGGAGACUCCCUGCAGUUGUAUUUGUAUCAUGUGGAUGCCACACAUGAUGACAUCAAGAGGUAUCAGCAGCGAAGUUUCGUCAAAUUGUCAAGUUGCUUUUCAACAACCUCAGGAACACAUAUUACAGAUUUGUCUGCUAUCAACGAUUUCUUCUCCUACAUUGUUCUGGCAUGUGCUUCCAAUCGUUCCAUUCAAGUUUUUGACAUGAACAUAGGUAAAGUUGCUGCAGAGCUGCCUGAUGCUCACAGUAAAGCCAUCCACUGCAUCACACAAAACAAGGGCUCAAUGUUCAGCACACAGGCACCAGACUUGUAUAACCUCUUCCUCACCAGUGCAGUCACGGAUGGCGUGAAGCUGUGGGACCUCCGCACACUUCGAUGCGUACGGCGUUACGAGAACCAUGUCAACCGCUGCCAUUCGUGCUCAUCUGCCAUUUCACCGUGUGGUCGAUUCGUAGCGUGUGGCUCAGAAGACAAAUGUGCUUAUGUGUAUGACGUAAGAAGCAGCAGCUACCUUCACAAGCUCCAGAGACACUCUGAAACUGUGCUCAGUUUGGCCUUUAACCCUGCAACUCCACAGCUGCAAGAGCGCAGAGCAGUGACCGCUUACUGA